GCAUCCCGACUUCAUUCACCCCGGAGAUCACACGACUGACGUGAACUGACAUCAAACUCCUCUGAGCUGCAGGGUGGAGAGUUUCUUUUCUUGUUUCGUUGAUGCCGUUUGCCUUUUCCUCGGCGUGUUCAGGACUGAACUGGUUAUUUCUGGAAGUUUAAAAUUAAAAAGAUUUAGCCAAUUGUAAUGAUUUGCCCAUAUAAAGUGCCAAAAUGCUCCACCGCUGCAGGACGCACAACUGUGUGAUUUUGAAGGGAUUACACUGAGGACAAAAUGAUGGAUAUGGCCGGAUGUGUGAAUGUAAAAGAGAGGUUUUCACAUUUCCGUUGGACACCUGUUCUUUUGAUGAGCUGCUGAACAUCAACUUGACCUCAGUUAGGUUUGAUUGUUUGAUGCUUCAAACUACUGGACAAAAGGUUGUGCAACUGUGAGCGUCCUCCUGCAACUCGGACUUACACUGCGUAUGCUUUGCGUUCGUUUUAACAUUAUUUUGGAAAUCAGCUCCUCUCUUAACUACAGUGGCAGGAGCAGAACAAGCUCGGCUCUAUCAUUUAACCGCUGUUCAUUCCGGAAUUUAAACAUCAUCUGAAGCGUUAGGGUCUCUGGCUCGCUCUUUCCUUGAGGUCGUGGGGGUGGCCAGUUCUCCCGAGGGAUGUUUCUGGGCUCCCGAGAACAGUGGACCUUCGCCUCGUCCUGGUGCCUAUGCAGCGGAUCUGAGAGGAGAUGAGAGCUGCGCUGUACCACCUCCUCGCCGGUUGCCUCUGCCUGUUACGCACCGCUGCUGAGGCGCAGCUUUGUAUCUCCAUACCCAAUAAAGCGGCUCAUCGACUGACUUUCCUCCCACAGGAGUCCCCUCUCCCCCGGGAGCUGCUGGAGCGCCUCUCCCGCAGCGAGAUCCGCAGCAUCAGCGACCUCCAGCGGCUACUAGAGAUAGACUCCGUAGAUAACGAGGUGAUCGAGGAGACCAAACACAGCUACCACAAGGACUUCUCUCACAGCUUCCCCGACCUGAAGAGAGCACACACACAAACCAGACACAGGAGGAGCACUGUGGUGGAAGAGGCCUUGCCGGCGGUGUGCAAGGUGCGGACAGCAAUCUAUGAGAUCCCCCGGAGCCAGGUGGAUCCCACCUCAGCCAACUUCAUCAUUUGGCCGCCCUGCGUCGAGGUGAAACGCUGCACUGGCUGCUGCAACACCAGCAACAUGAGAUGCCAGGCAUCACGCAAGCACCAUCGCAUGGUCAAGGUGGCAAAGGUAGAGUAUGUGCGGCGGCGGACGAAGCUGAGGGAGGUACAGGUGAGGCUGGAGGAUCACCUGGAGUGCAUGUGCACCAACAAACGCCACAUCAACCCAAACUCAGACACAGACAAUGGCAUCAGGUGAAGAGAGAUGGACAGAUGGAGGAGAGGAAGAGGAGGACAAGGAUGAGCACCUUCAGCCUCUAACAUCUCCACCUCCACCAACUCCUGUCAUCAAGUGACUGAAAGGUUUGAUGGAGUUUAUUUUGACCAGUGACCUUUGGGACAUUUAAUGGAGGAUAACUGACUCAUAUGGACCUCAGCUUUACUUUGAAAGAUACGUACAAAAACUGCGAGCAACAAACCGCCAGACACAAAACGAACAAACGGCCUGAUGGUUUCCUCGCCGUGAUUCCUCGAUGGAGAAAAGAAGCGAUUAGGUGAUGAAAGUGCAGAACAUUGGCAGAGGGAUCGAAGGACUUAUCCUCUGCGUCUUGUUCCCUCUCCAGACUAUAAACCGUUCAGCGUCUCGGAUUAUGAACUGGGUGGAAUCCUUUCUAGAAACAGAGACUGGGAUUAGGUUUUUGUACUCCAAGAUUUACUCUUCCUCAGCAGAACACACACAUGCACGUAUAUCCACUUAUUUUUAUAACCUCUCAUUUUCUAUCACUGUUUCUACUUCUGGUAUGUUAUCCACAUUAAGAAUGGAGAGAAAAAAAUCCUCCUGACAUGUUACUGAUACUAAUAAACUAUUUAUAUGAAAAGAAA